AUGUCUUCUAGCGCCCAGCAAGACGUCCCCGUUUCUAAUGAGACGCUCCUUCUGAUUGGGCCCAUUCUAUGUUCGUUUCUCAAUGCGGCUUGUCGGAGAACUUCUAACAGCAAUAAUGCAGACAUAUACCACGUGUCGUUUCCGAACGAUGGAAAAAUAAUGAAGUCCUCUGUAUACACGAUCUUCCUUGUUGACAUUCUUCAAACUAUAUUCGUCGCUGUUUACGCAUGGAGGGUUCUAUGCUUUGGAUGGGGUCGACCAGCUUUACUCCCAUUUCCAGGAUGGUCUUUAACGGCAAUCCCGACGUUCUCUGCAAUCGUCUCUGCAUGGGUGCAGAUAUUCUAUGCAUGGCGUAUUCAUAUUCUGAGUGGAAGAAAGAGAAUCAUUCCAUGCGUUAUCAUCAUUGCACUUGCUCAAGCAAGUGGCGCUAUCGCCAUAACUGCUGUGUUCUCAUCCUUGAAAGAUCUUUCCGAGUUGCAUACAGUAACCAUAUAUGCUCGCACCAUUCUUUGGCUGGCUGGUUCCGUCGCGGCAGACGCGAUUAUUGCCUUCUCCAUGAUCUAUCUACUGUACAACGCAAAGAACUCAGGAUUUGGACAUACGAACAAGCUAAUCAACCGACUUAUCCGUCUGACUAUUGAGACUGGAUUGGCGACUGCGUUAACCGCGCUUGUCGAACUUAUUUUGUACCAAGUUUACCAGAACAAUAAUCUUCACCUUGUCUUGUCGCUUUGUUUAUGUAAAGUAUACUCAAACACGUUUAUGACAUCCCUCAAUUCUCGUGCAUCGUCGGGUUCGCGUGGUCCGACAGUCUUCAGCUCGAGAAGUUCGGAGAACAAUACUUCUGUGUUGCCGCGACGGAACAACAAUUUCCCCUCUCCAGCAGUUAUACACAUUGAGACAACAACGGAUCGUUAUGUCGCUGACCAGUCCGAUGUGACCGGGGGGAAGGGGGACGUCGAAGGCGAGAGCAUGGAAAUGGCCGUCACUAGCAAAACUCGGCCAAUUGAUACUGAUUCUGUAUGA